AUGUGUCACAUAGACGCACCCGUUACAAAGCUCCCUGCAGAAUGUAUGUAUUACAUAGACGCACCCAUUACAAAGCUCCCUGCAGAAUGUAUGUAUUACAUAGACGCACCCAUUACAAAGCUCCCUGCAGAAUGUAUGCAUUACCCACCCAUUACAAAGCCCCCUGCAGAAUGUAUGCAUUACAUAGACGCACCCAUUACAAAGCUCCCUGCAGAAUGUAUGCAUUACCCACCCAUUACAAAGCCCCCUGCAGAAUGUAUGUAUUACAUAGACGCACCCGUUACAAAGCUCCCUGCAGAAUGUAUGUAUUACAUAGACGCACCCAUUACAAAGCCCCCUGCAGAAUGUAUGUAUUACAUAGACGCACCCAUUACAAAGCUCCCUGCAGAAUGUAUGCAUUACCCACCCAUUACAAAGCCCCCUGCAGAAUGUAUGUAUUACCCACCCGUUACAAAGCCCCCUGCAGAAUGUAUGUAUUACAUAGACGCACCCAUUACAAAGCUCCCUGCAGAAUGUAUGCAUUACCCACCCAUUACAAAGCCCCCUGCAGAAUGUAUGUAUUACAUAGACGCACCCGUUACAAAGCUCCCUGCAGAAUGUAUGUAUUACAUAGACGCACCCAUUACAAAGCCCCCUGCAGAAUGUAUGUAUUACAUAGACGCACCCAUUACAAAGCUCCCUGCAGAAUGUAUGCAUUACCCACCCAUUACAAAGCCCCCUGCAGAAUGUAUGUAUUACCCACCCGUUACAAAGCCCCCUGCAGAAUGUAUGUGGUUGUCAGACUGGCUCAAUGGUCAGAUAACUGGGUAG